AUGCCGCCUCCAACGACUCGCGCUCGUGCACCAUCAUCUGAUACCGGGGCCCAUCCCCAGUUUUCUAAAAUAACACCUAGUGCUCCUGCGGCACCACAGGUUGCCGCAGCAGUAUCGGCGUCGUUGGCCCACGUGGUCGACGAUGGCCCCGUCACAGGGCGGGACGUUAAGGAAUUGCGCGACGUUACGGCGCAAGCGAUCACCGAUGUGUGGACUGACAGCCGCCAGGCAACGGCAAACUUGGCUGGGAAAAUCAACGCUACAAACGCAUCGCUCCUAGCAGACCUCAACGAGUCUUUUUCGGCAAUGGGUCAUCGGAUCGACGGGCUUCCAUCCGCAGUAAAUAUCACGACCCCGAUCCCGAUCCCCUCGCUUCCGUCCUUUAGUGGCUUAGAUGAGGACCCAACUCAGUUUUCAGCAUGGCUGGCUCGGGUGGAGGAUAUUUUUGACAUGUUAUCGCCGCCUUUAUCUUCUGCGAUGAAAGCCAAGCUACAAGCUUUGGAUACUGCCGAUGCGGUCGAGCAGCACCUCGCAGGAACAAUCUCGGACCGCCUGAUCACGCCCUUGUCCGUGGCACCACUGGAAGUGAAGACCGUGAAUCUUCGUCCCACUAGGCCAAGUUUUCGUAUUCGUGAGCCACAGGUGUCCCGUCGAAGCAAUUCAUUCCAGGGCCGAAGACGCUCCCGCAGCAUGGUCGAUGUUAUUUCGCGGUUUAAUACCGAUCGUACUGUCUGUUAUUCUUGUGGAGGCCUCGGACAUAUGGCUCACCAGUGCCCAUCCCAACGUCAGCAGCUUGGAAACACAGCCAUAACACUCCCGCUUACCAUCUUCCACAAUCUGGUAUUGACAAACCUCAGUGAAAUCACACAAGACCACCAACUCACCGAGGUGUGGUCUACCGUUAAUCAGGAACAUUUCCUUCGUCUUGACCACCCAACCUCUCCUUACAGAGGCACCCUUCAGCAGCCAACCUCCGACGGCUUCUCCUUGCUUUCGCUUGUCUUCGGGGUUCUAAAGUCACUCGUGGUCCUAUAUUGCAAGCUCUACUACUCUACAAUCUUCGAUCGACUCCCAUUACCUGCGCAUUUUCGUUCAUCAAGCAACGCUUCUGCCACAGAAGCUGUUGCCAACAGGGCCAUUUGCCCAGUUUUCUCAAAUAACAUCAAUACUUUCCACGUAGACCUUUCCAAGGCCGAGGUCACCGACGAGGAACGGCAGCAACUUCAGGCCCUUUUCGAAGAAUUUAGCGACAGGAUUUCACACGACUCAUACGACCUAGGAUCAUACGAACAUUCACAGAUUGACAUCAGAACCACCACCAACAUACCACCCACGCGUUUUCGACCGCCGCGAAUACCUGUUAAAUUUCAGAAAGAACUCGAUGAACAUAUAAACAAGCUUCUGCGAGCCGGUCGCAUUGUUGAGAGCGACACUCCGUGGAUACACAACACUGUUCUGGUCAAAAAGAGGGAUGGGUCGCUUCGCGUGUGCCUAGAUUUCCGCCCAUUGAAUGAGAUAACAAUCCCGGACCAUUUCCCGCUUCCGGGAAUAGAGGACAUAUUAGCCAAAAUCUCCGGCCACAGGUACUACACGACUUUGGAUCUCGCCUCCGGCUACAUGCAACUCCUGUUAUCCCCCGAAAGCCAGGAAAAGUGCGGCUGGGCCACCCACCGAGGGAUAUACCAAUUUGUCUAUCUACCUUUCGGACUAAAAAACGCCGGCGCUUACUUUUCUCGGGCAAUGUCUCGUAUCCUAGCGGGUUUGGAGGAUAACUGUCUUGCAUAUCUUGACGACAUUGUGGUUUUCAACUCCGACUUUCCGAGUCAUCUGUCCACAUUGCGCAAAGUCUUCUACCGCUUUCGCAUCUAUAACAUCAAAGCUUCUGGCAAAAAGCUUAGUGAGAUUGCGCGCACUACGAUAACCUUUCUAGGGCAUGAGAUUUCCGGACGAUCCUACUCUCCAGCGGAGCGAAACCUUCGAGCAAUCCAAGACUUUCCCACUCCAACAUCGAUCAAGGAAGUCAAGGCAUUUGUAGGUAUGGCCAACUUCUUUCGUAAAUUCAUUCCCAAUUUCUCCCUUAUCGCUACUCCUCUCUACGCGCUUUUAAAAGCUAACGCUAAGUUUACCUGGGAAGCCGCGCAGAAAGAAGCCUUUUCCCGUUUGAAGACUUGCCUGUUAUCCAAACCUUGCUUGGCAUUUCCUCAAGAUAAGGAAUUUUUUCUGCAUACGGAUGGCAGCCAGGUCGCCGUAGGGGCAGCGCUUUUCCAACAGGCAAGCGACAGCGACCACCUAGUCGCUGUAGGUUAUUUUAGCAAAGCAUUAUCCGACUCUCAGCGUAAGUGGAGCCCUACCCAUAUUGAACUCUUCGCCAUUAUUAGUGCCUUACGUUUCUUUCGCGCCAUUAUUUACGGGAAUCACACCACGAUCUAUUCCGACCACCGCCCCUUGACAUUCUUGCUUACGCACAACAAGACGCACGACAACUUGGCCAGAUGGGUAGUGGAACUCCAAAGUUACGAUAUCACCAUCAAGUAUCACAAAGGCUCAUCCAACGUAGUCGCCGAUGCCCUUUCGCGUUCCGUAGAUAAGCACGUUCGCUUCGAGGACGACGCUGCCGAUAGUACUGACAUCAUCGAGUUUCCAGUAAGUAUCAACUGCUGCGCUCCCCCUACCUUUUCUGUCAGGCCACCCAUCAUUUACCUGACCCAGGCCACGGCUUUGCGACCAUACGACGCACUAUUAGAACAAAAAAGCGAUGCGUUUUGCUCCCCGCUCAUGACCUUUCUGGAAACUCAACGCUUUCCCGACAACUUGUCUGACGACGAAAAAGUAGCUUUUCUGAAGCUUGCUGAACAGUGCGUACUCAGAAGUAAUGGGUGCUUGUAUCACGUACACGGCGAUCGCAAUAGUCAUUUGAAGUUUGAACGCUUGGUUGUACCAGAAAAGUUGCGCGAGCCGGUCUUCAUAGCCUUCCACAGUAGUCCCUCGGCUGGCGGUCACUUUAAUUGGCGCAAAACAUUGACAAAAAUCGCGCGGAAAUACUACUGGCCACACAUGUCCGAAGAUGUCUUUUCCCUCGCCCGCUCCUGCGAGGCAUGCCAGCGUAAGCGAGCCCAACAGCUGAACAGGGAACUGCUCAUCACGGUUUCUAGUCAGGGCGUUUUUGAGAAGGUUUACAUAGAUCUGACCGGUCCCUUUCAUACCUCGGAUUCGGGAAACAAGUAUAUCGUCGCGAUGAUCGAUCAUUUUACCAAAUAUGUUGUCGCAGCGCCUCUACCUGACUGCACCGCCGUAACAGUUGCACAGGCUGUCAUGACGGAGUGCAUCCUCAAGUACGGCGCCAUGAGGCAGCUGAUUUCAGACAAUGCAUCUUACUUUAAGGGAGAGGACGUCGUCAUGAUUCGGGUAGACCUAACUCGUGGUCAUUUGGCAAUGGACGAUCUCUCUCCACAGCAGCAGUUGGAGGCAUUAGUUGCUCACGCGCUGGCCAGGGAUGAAAACCCCGAUGCUACACAACAGCAGCAAGAACAAGCGUCAGACACCAGCUCCUCCGUCAUGCAAAAUGUCUACCUUGACUACCCGGAAGAGGCGCUCCUUGCCUCCGACGUUGAGUCUAUGAACCUCUCACCUGCGUCAUCUCUCACCUUGACCGCGUCUCCGCCUCCGGGACCUUCCACCGACACCCAGAACCUGCUCAUCGUCCCCGUCCCCUCUACAGAGGAAGCCAAGUGGACCACAGUAAGAGACAAGCCGCCAACCAGCACCCCUUCCGGAUCCCCCCACGGAAGCACGCGCCGGCGGCGCGCCUCCUCCCCUUUGUUUGCUGAAGAGAUGCUUCACGAAGAACCCCUCGCCGUGCCUUCCUCAUCGUCUUACCACGACCACCCUUUUGACAUCCCUGCCCAGCCGAUUCAGGAUGACAUCGUCAGUCUUCGUGAGCGCCUUUUCAACACUGACAUGCAGGGCGUAAGUCUACUCAGACCUGGAACUCGGCCCCCUAUCAAGCACGUCCUCACGCCGCAACGCCGUCCUCCCCCUACGUUCACUCCGGAAGGACAUAGCCAUUACCUAAUCGAACACCAUCCCUGGGCGCAUCUGGUCAGCCCGCGCCCUAUCGACGUGCUCCAGUCAAGAGCCAUACAACCGGUCCUCGAUCUCCCGACGGAAGAAUAUCGACAUCUACCCAGCGGAGGAUAUCGCAACACUCACUUCGCACGGUCACUCUUUCCGCGUAUUGCGAUUCGGGCCCAUUGCCCAGUACUCCAAAUUCCUUUCAUUGAACUUCAGCAUCUUGAAGAUACGAUCGCGUUCCGGGACCGAACCCUUCGCAUGAUCGAAGACCUCCAGGACGGCACCUAUGAUGACUUCCGCGAGAUCGACUCACCAGUACAACCCGAUCGGCUACGCUGUAUGCUUGCUCCAGAGACCUGGCGAGGCCGUCGUCCAGUAUUGCCCAACAAAGAAGAAAGGGAGAGGCUACUUGAUCGCGCUGACAGGUUCGACAACUUUGAGAGUGACCAUUCGGUUGCGCUAAUCAAGAUGUUGAAACUUUUCAAUGUAACAGGAGCCGCGCAUGCAGCACUUCCUUUCCUAUCCGACGAUCACCAAACACACUGGGUUGCUGCCGUAGUCCCAAGUCUCACCGUAUAUACCAUCAGGUUGAAUUUUGUGCUCCACAACAUGGCAAACGAAGCCGGAUGGGCUGCUCAACGCCCAGUUGCAGUGUGGAUAGCCGGCUCCGCUUCCCUUGCCUUCGUAAGAGUUAGGUCAGUGACGAUGGAUCCCGAUCAGAGGACAUUAGCAAUCUCAACGGAAGCCUACCAGUACUCGCACCGCAGCAUCCUGGGAGAUGUCGCUAAGCACGCACGUCGCGUAGGCCCAAACUUGGUCGUCGACGUCGGAGUACACCUCAUUAAAUCCCCGCUAGCCUCUAAUCCGGUCUACGAAAGUAUAUCGCGCGCGGAUCUCUCUAUAACCGCACCAGCAGGUACAUUUGGGGAUGGAGUAAUGAAUGCCAUGUACGGCCGCGCACGAAUAGGUUGCUCUCCUCGACAUUCACAGGGCGUGACUGAAGGAAACCUGAGACUCGGAGAGAGGACUCGCGCAGCUGCCCGAGAUGGUCGGGCAACGCCACCUGCUCCAUCGGCCUCCUUCAACCCCAUGAUCCUACCGGUCGUCGCUUCCCCUCGUCAUACCUACUUCCGUAUCAACCUGCCUUACUGUCGUCUCUCAUAUGCUGAUAUCGGUGCAAUAAACCAUGUAACCUGCCAGUGA